AUGGAGAUCACCGACGCGUACCCUUUGGUGCACCGCUACACCUCCCUUUCCUCCACUGCCGAGCUGGGACUGGACCUCGCGCGUGCCAAGGCUGCCACUGAUGGCAAGCGCAUUGUCGGCGUCUAUGUCGCACCUGCAGAGGGCGCGGAGCUGGGUCGGGCUGGGGAGGCUAUCUUGGUUGCGCUGAGGAGCGACUUUGCUGGCGCUAUUGGCAUUGUGCUCGACAACGACAAGCUCGCUACGGGGGAGCCAGCGUACAACCCCACUGCCGGCGCAACCGUUGCCUUCCCGCCCAGUGCUGUCGUUGCUGGGACCCUCAAGCUCGUCAAGAGCGGCGUGCACCAGGCUGUCCGUGAUCUGGAUGACCACCUCGAUGACGCGCGUGCAGACUGGCUCGGUAACGUCGAGGCGCACAAGGCGAUUGCCGCAAUGGCAUAG